AUGUAUUUCCGCAACCUUUUCCUCUCCCUCUUCCUGGUCCUCGCCGUCGGUUUCGCCUUGGUCCAGGCUGAGGAGGCCAAGCCUCGUGGUCCCAAGAUCACUAGCAAGGUAUACUUCGACAUCCAGCAUGGCGACGAGUCUCUCGGUCGCAUUGUGAUGGGUCUGUACGGCAAGACUGUCCCCGAGACUGCGGAGAACUUCCGUGCUCUGGCUACCGGCGAGAAGGGCUUUGGCUACCAGGACUCGACCUUCCACCGUGUUAUCAAGGACUUUAUGAUCCAGGGAGGUGACUUCACCAAGGGCGAUGGCACCGGUGGCAAGUCCAUCUACGGCAACAAGUUCGCUGAUGAGAACUUCAAGAUCCGCCACACCCGCAAGGGUCUUCUGAGCAUGGCCAACGCCGGCAAGGACACCAACGGCUCCCAGUUCUUCAUCACCACCGCCAUCACCUCGUGGCUGGAUGGCAGGCACGUCGUGUUCGGCGAGGUCCUCGAGGGCUACGACAUUGUCGACAAGAUCCAGAACGUCGCCAAGGGCCCCGGCGACAAGCCCAAGGACACCGUCAAGAUCGUGAAGAGUGGCGAGCUGGAGAUGGAGGAGGACUCCGAGGACAAAGAAUACGAUGACGACGAACCGCAAGUCAGCACAGAAGUUCCCACGGAGGAGUCCAAUAUGCCCUUCUACUCGAUGCGACCGGUGUGGUACCUGCUGGUGAUCGUUGCCGUGGUGGGCGUCUACCUUGUCCGCCGCAACGGCCAGCAGCGGAAUGAGAAGGAGUUUGACGCUUAG